AUGCAGCCCGUUCGUCUUCUGGUGCUGGUGUGCGCCGCGCUCGCGGAGGAUGCGGUGCCUCUACCACCUCCGCCGGAAAACAUGACGCUCGCACCCGUCCCUGAGCGCAGCCUGUCCGGCAGUGGCAGGUGGUCAAGGCUGCAAUCGUUCGCCCACAGAUUGUCCGGCGUGACGCAGACAGAGGGCCUCUCCGGCUUCGGCAGGGUGUCGGCCGGCAUUCUGGCUGGCGCGUUCUAUGACGACAGCCACGGCCUGCAGGGAGACGGGCGCCAGGGAAGCGAGAGCCAGUCAUCGGGCAACACCGAGGUCGACUGGCAGGGUUCUUUGUUGAUUGCCCUCCAGCUUGCUGCAGACGUGACUGGACACUAUAGAGAAAAAGGGCUGCUAGGUCCAGGUGUGGCUUUCGCACUUGGCGUCUUCGGAGCCAUCAUGCCGGACGACAGCUUUGACCAAGACGAUGUGUCGCAGAUGAUCGACGAAGCUCUGCAAAAGGCCAAGAAGGAGUGGAAGCAGGAGGUUCUGAAGGAGACCCGUGGUAUCGUCCAGGAAGCCCUGGUAACGGCCAGCUUGAAAGAUGCACAGCUUGAGAUCCAGAACUUCGUAAAGAAUGUGGCCGCGACGCCUGCGUUGGACUUCCUCGAGCCUGAUGCAGCAUUAUCCUAUGCCAUGGCCUUGGAAAACAGGAUCAGCAUUCUAGCGGAGAAGCUCUUCUUUCCCUGCAUGGACUCUGGGUGGGGCACCAAAGUCUGCCUUGAACGUGUGGGCUCUGGUACAGCUUAUACGCUCGAUGCAUUGGUCAACUUGCACUCCUCAGUCUUCGCUGAGAUCUUCCGGACCUUGGAGAGGAAGUUCCGUAUGCUCCAGGAUCACUGGUCCAAUUUCUCCAGUGCGAACGCUGGGCUCCAGGACUUCGCAAGGACGACGCUGAGAAGCAACUUCCAGCGCGUGGGAUGCCCCAACGCCAAUCCUUCUCCGGGCGCUUUGGAGAGCUUCAAGGUGGCCAAGGUUCCCUACGUCCUUAUGAGGCACGACUUGUGGCGCGUCACGUACAGCGAGGUGUUCAGCGACCUGGAUUCUGCGGUGGCGAGGUAUCAUGACCCGUCUUUCAAUCUUAAUUGGGCGAAAGCGAUGAUGAUUGUCAACAGUGACUUCGUGAAUCAGAGACACUACGAGCACAUUACGGGUUACUGGGACGGAAUAUCGAGAGACUUCAAGGAUCACUACGAUCAGAAGUACAAGGCCGGCCCAGAAGGACCCUUCUUGCCGUUCGUCGUCAUGACCCACGAGAAUUGGGGUGUCGUGACGGACAAGAUCUUUGCCGACCGCGACGCGGCGAUAGCGUACUUUGACACGCAGCUGAACGGCGGGCCGAAGGCCGCUGUGGUGGUGGAUGGCCGGUUCACGGAGCUGCGCUGGUAUGGGUCAAACAACGAAGGUGCCCUGCGAGCGGACUACCUGAAGCAUUUCAAGGCGAAGUACAGCCCCAAGGACGUCCACUUGCUCGACAAAAUGCACGGCUACUGCAGAGCGAUGCAGAUGCAAAGCGACCCCGAAAUAACAACGACUGCGACCGAUGCCGAGAAGGCCAAGGAGUGCUGCGGCGAUGGCCAGUUGACCUGCCAGCUCACGACGGCCAAUAACGACUGUUCCGAGGAGACAGUCUUGCAGACCGACAUCUACCGGACUAUGCAGAGGAAGUAUAACGGGGUCAAAGCCGGGUACCAGAGAAUGCUGGCCAGAAGCUUGGACAAGUUUCUGAACGCUCGGCUGCUCAGCAUGUCGUGUGUCUCUUUCGAUUGCCGGGAUGCCCAAAACAUCUCCGACACGUUUCCAUAUGUGCCACGCAAUCUGGAGAACUUUGAGGGUGUUGCGAACCUCAAGAGGGAGACUUGGUCAAAUGCCAUGCUUGCCUUCGAAAGGAGCAGCAUCCUGCUGUCGGGAAGAAAGGUCUACAGCUUGGACACACCGGAAACUGACUGGGUGACGGAGACGGUCUCCGUGGAGCAGCAGCGUGGCUAUGCCAGGCUUAUUGGGAUCGUCCCGAAAGACAGGAACACUCCCCUCCUGAAUAUCAACGGCCAAGAUUUCGAAUUCCCAACGUGCGGCGAGAGCCAGGGAGUGGGGCGCCCUAAGGUCUGCUCAGAAGUCACUCAUUGGUGGUCCUCGGAUGAUGCAGACGAUCCUUCACCGAUCUUCUGGGAUUUCAACUUAGCAGGCAGCGAAGUGACAAUCACCAAGAGGUCGCAAGCGUACAAUUAUAAGGGGGCGUUUUCCAACUUGGUCUUGCAAGUUCAACCUACUCCCCAUGCAUGGCCACAGCUCCUCCCGCCCAACUUGGAGAGUGGCAACGACGAGAACAACCUGAAGUCAAACUACGGGUGCGAAAUUUGGGGAGAGAGGAGGUACUUAAAAUGCACCGGCGAGGACGAUUUCCAUGGCGCGCAGGGCGGGGCCCUGCGACUCAAGUUCGUGAACCCCUUGAAGUGGGAAGUUCGUUUCUACAUGCGCUUAGAAGGACUUGGAGGGGCAAUUGGUGGGAGUGCUGCCGCGCUCCUAUUUCCCCAGUAUGCGCACAGUGAUUACGCCUUUGUGCACGCCUACCACCAAGAAAGCAAUCAUCCUCCCAAACUCUUCUUGGAUGGCACUUUGGCCGUUAGGAACGGAAACGCCGUCAGCGUUGGAUUCAGGGAUUGGUGGGACAUGCACAACGUGGCUGGCAAUUCGAAAAGGAACGUGAUGGAGUCGCCGGUGGAAGAUGGCAAAUGGCACAGCUACCGCGUCAAGAGGAGUGAAGGGGCCCUUUGGGUCUUCAUUGACGACGUGCUGGUCCUGCAUCACAACCUUACGGGCUGCUUUCGUGAAUGGGAUGCCCACGAAAAUGGAGGUCACUCCUGCCCCAGUGACUGCAAUGGUUGCUGGAACCAAUGGGAAGGAGGACCCAUUACUGGACUCUGGAUUCGGCCUUGGCGGGCUGAGGCCUCCAUCUGGGGGUUUCAGGUGGAAGACCAUCCCAGUGGCAUCCACGUGCUCAACAACUACAACGACGAACACCAGGUCUAUGGGAAGUACUUCAGCUUCAACAUGGAGGACGUCGGCAAAGCAAUCAGUUAA